UGUGAGAGAGAGAGAGAGAGGAAAGGUGGGGGUGAGAACAUGUGUUCAUUAGUGAAGUAGAGACUGAGGCUAUAAAAGCCAUGUCCGCCGACCAAGAGAGAAGGAGAAGGAGAAGAAACUCUGAAGCUCAAGAGCCAAGAACAAAGAAAAAAAAAUCUUCAACCACCUUUUAGAGAAGACGUCUUAAAAUCCUCCAGGAAACCAGACCUGCAUCAGGUCAGAGGUGGAGCUCAGGAGAGAGAGAGAGCAUUCCCAGAAGAAGAGGCAGAAGAAAAGAGAAUGCUGUGGAGGUCGUCUCUGGUUGUGGCCGUGCUGUGCGUCGGUGCCAUGUGCAGCUGCGUGCAAGCCGAUCUGAUGAGCGGACUGAUCGUGCACAGGGACUACGGGGUCAAGCUGUGUGGCAGAGAGUUCAUCAGAGCGGUCAUCUUCACCUGCGGAGGCUCCCGGUGGAGACGCUCUGCAGAUGGAGACUCGGACUUUUUCCAGUGGAUUUCUCCCAGUGAUGUCACGGCACAGAACAACCAGCAGAGUGAUUCAGACCUGACAGAAAACCUCACUCCUCCUCACACCUCCUCCUCACAGUCUCUGUCAGACCUCCUGGCUCUUUACGCGGCUGUAGUGGACCAGCAGCAGCAGCAGCAGCCUCCUGCUCCCCCUCCUCCCCCUCAUCAUCAUCAGCAGCAGCAGCAACUCCUCAGUGAUCCCUUCCUGCUGGACACCUCUCAGCCCGCCCUGUCUUUUCGGGGCCUUGGGUUAGGUGGUCAGGAUGGAAGUUCAGCGGCUGCUGGCUGGAGCAAGAAGAAGAGGAACUUUUCCCUGGGCGUGGCCGGGAUGUGCUGCAGCCAGGGCUGCACCAAGAAUGACAUCGGACGCUUAUGCUGAGACCAAACACACAACUUCAACACAGUGUUGUCAUAUUUAGAGUUUUCUGUUUUUUGUUUUUCUCUGCUGGUCACUCUCUGUCUGUCUAAAUGCUUUAUAGAUGCAGAAAUAAAAACUGCCUCACUUC